AUGUCGCUAUUCGAGUUCAAAUCAUUCAAACCUUUCAGUUAUCCUCCUCUUUCUCCGUUAAAGAGAAUAUUUCGCCUAGUCCAGCUUCUUCCCCCAAAGCCGUCCAUCGUACCGGGCGCCAAUGGCACAAUUCGAAUCAGGCUAAUAGAAGCCGAUGUUGAUUCCGGCGUACACUACGAUGCUCUCUCAUACGCUUGGAGUUUGGGACCACGUUACCAAGAGCCCAAUAGACAAAUUAUUGUCGAAACAGAACAAGGUUCCUACAAGCUGUACAUCUAUCCGGCACUAGAAAUUGCGCUACGAUAUCUUGUCUCCUCGCAUAUGACAGAGUAUCUUUUCAUCGAUCAAAUCAGUAUCAACCAGAGAGAUCGCGACGAGAAGAGUCAUCAAGUAUUGCUCAUGCGAGACAUCUAUACAAAAUGCGCUCGCACAAUUGUCUGGCUAGGUGCCCCAACUCGACUAUCCGAUCAAUACUUUGAUCUCGUUCACGAAAUGUCACAAGAAGGGAUACUGAGCAGAGUCAUGGGACCUCAUGUCAGCCAGUUCAUGCACGUUUUCGAUGCCGUGAUGGAUCCCUCUUUGCAAGUAAACGAACAAGUUCGUGAAGAUCGAGAUGAUUUGCUGGACUUGGUCCAACGAUACGGCGACCGCUUCCCCCUAGAUGGAUUUGCCGAUGUAUUUGAUCGACUCUGGUUCAGCCGCCUGUGGGUGAUCCAAGAAGCUUGCCUGGCUCCAAAAGUGGUCUUCUUAUGUGGUAAAAAGAGUCUUUGUUUCGACUGCUUCCGCUCUGGUGCACUCUUUUACAACAUAUACAAUACCUACUGGGUGCGACGGAUAACCGGCGCAGUCCCUCAGCGUGUUCUUCGUCAGCGAGAUGCUCUUUUGAACAAAACGGAUGGGUUCAUACGGAUAUUCCAAGAGCGUAAAGCUAUCCAUCAAUCUGGAAUACGAUUGGGCUUGCACGACCUCGUAAUGAAAUACAACGUGAACGAUGACAAGAAGAAAAUCGGGGUAACGCUAGAGCAAGACAGAAUCUUCGGCUUACUAGGGCUAGCAGCGGAUAAUGAUGCUCUCAUGGCGCAAGUUCAGGUCGACUACAAGUCCCAUAUCACUCAAAUGUAUUCUCAGAUUGCCGGCUUGCUUCUACAAGACAGCAUCGAUGUCUUGUUAUUCAACCAGUACCCAAAGAAAACAGGGGGGUUACCCUCAUGGGUGCCAGAUUGGGCAAUGGAUCUUACUAUUCCGGCAGGAUACUCGAGCUUAAAAGAGGCUACCUUUUCUGCUGGUGUAUCGACGACAACCGAAGCUGUUAUUGCUAUCAAGGGUAAUCCCGCCCAGCUUCAUAUCAAGGGAAUCGCUGUGGACGAGAUUGAGGAGGUGGGAACACAGCUAUACCGCGCACAGCCCCAUCCGCAAGUGUCAGAACAAAUUGACUAUCGCUCGGUAAAAACGUUUUUCGAUGAAGUCGUCGAGUUCGCAAAAGCAGCAACUGCCAUGACGAAAGAUGAAACGUCUACCGACACUGAAAACGCACCAGAUCCCGGAUUAUUGAUGAGCCUGUGCGAUUCCAGUCUUUCUUAUAGACAUUUUACCCAAACUCUCGGUCCAAUUGGAAGCCUUGAGAGACUUCAAGCUUUGCACAGGAGUCUAUAUACGCUUGGGGAGCGGCUCAUCAAAUCGGACGAGUUUGUUGCAUCCUACCACAUCACUCGCAUCUAUCAAACAGUAGGAAUCAUUCCUUGGUAUUUGAGUCUGAUGCCCGAGAUGGAUAGUCUACAAAUCUGCGCGCUUGAUCCGCUGAUAUCAGGCAAGAUCGCUUAUGAGGCUGUGAAAGACAUUAUUACAGAUGCGGCGGGCUUGCUCAUCGCCUCAGCAAGGGUAUGGUUUGCAUCAAAAUACAUCAAAUUUCGUCACCGCUUUGGCAAAAUGAACAUACGGCCGUCUCACGAGAGCGUUGAGAAGGUUGGGCUCGAUCCAAAUGUUAGCCUAGGUCCGGAUAUGAAUGUUCUCACAACAAAUAUGCUCAAAAAUCUGAGGAGAAGGCUGUAUCGGACAAGGACUGGGUUUGUAGGCCUCGGGCCAGCAGAAAUGGAAACAGGCAACUCCCUCGUCAUAUUUCAUGGAGGGACAACAGCACAUAUUUUAAAGAAGCGGGAUACUCAGCUUGAAGAUGAUGAGUAUCAAUACUUGGGCGAGGCAUAUUGCGACGGAUUGAUGGACGGCGAGAUUUUUAAAGACAGCACCAAAUCUGAGCGAAUGUUUACCUUGGUAUAA